AUGCUCCUCGAAGAAGAUCCCGCAACACUUAUCCACCACACAAUCGGCAACUUCAACAUACAACCCGACAAACUCGCCCUUACCCGCAUCACUGACUCGCUCUCCUCCCUCCAACAAUCCCGCGACCUGCGCACCCGCGAAGCAGAACUCGCCCUCCGCAAACUAACCCGCAAUCUCAACACACUCAGCGCACAACACGCGGACAAUGUUUCCUCGCACGACCCGGCGCGCCACGCUGCAUCUAUAGUCGAGCUUGAUACGAAGAAGUUUCGCAUUGCGAAGGCCGCAUCUGAGCUGGAGAUCGAUAGUGAGCGGCUAGAGGGUGAGCUGGAGAUGUUAAAGGCACGGUUGGCGGAGUUGGACGCGCAGGGGCUGGAGGGGGAUGAGUUAGUGAGGAGGGAGAGGGAGUUGGAUGAUUCAACAAUCCUGCGCCUCAAAAUCUACCGCUCCCUCGGUAUCGAUGUCGAGCCUGAUGAAGCGGGCAAUUACACAAAAGCAAUUAUUCGAAAUAGCCAGAAGGGCGAUGUCCACGUUGUUAAUAUCGAUCCAAAAUUCUCCCGGUUUUUUUACGCAAAUUAUUUCUGGCAGACGAUGCAGGGGUGA